UGUCAUUUCAACGUCUUGAUUUCUUUUUAUCGUUGCCUUCGACGAGUUUUGGGUUUGUAGAACAAAAAACUUUGUUUAAACAAAAAAAUGGGUUUCCAAAAUAUCUGGUAUUCUCAUCCUCGUAAAUACGGACAAGGUUCCAGAUCGUGUCGUGCUUGUUCCAACAGACACGGGCUUAUCAGAAAAUACGGCUUGAAUUUAUGCAGACAAUGUUUUAGGGAGUAUGCCAACGACAUAGGAUUCAAAAAGCUCGAUUAAUUGAUAAAAUAUGUAUGUAUAAGAUGAAAUUUUUUGUUAUUCCAAAUAAAACAAAUUAAGAAGUAAAAGUGU